AUGAAUGCUGCACCGGCACUCCUGCGUGCCCGGAGUGAAGACCGUCUACCUAUCACAAACGUGGCGAAGCUGUGGCGGAAUUUCUAUGAAUCAGGAAAAUCUCAGAAUCCCCCCAUUGCCGUGCUCACCGCUUCUGCCUUCUUCUAUCUUGCCUGGUCUACGCGCUCCGGCGUGCCUUUAUUCCGUCAAGUCGCGCGCAAUACUACUACCUUGUACGGCACAGCGGCUGUUUUAAUCCUCGGCAUCAUGCCUUACACUAUUGCCGCAAUGAGCAGUACUAACAAUGCGCUAUUGGCUAAGGCCGAAUUGGUUUCCGAACCAACUGCCCACGUUAGUAUGGAGAUUGAAGAGCUUGUCAGCAAGUGGAUCUCGCUCAAUUCCUUCCGAAGCCUUCUACCGUUGGCGGGCGGUUUGCUGGGAAUUUUUGCCACCCUUGCAUAG